AUGGAUAAGGAAGCAAAUGAUGUUCCAAACGAGUUUCAUAUUCAACAAAGAAGUCGACAAUUAGCUGCUGCUGAAGUUAUUUGUAGAGUGACAAAAUUGAUUAUGUCUCGGAGGGUUCGUAGUAGAAAUUAUAUAGAUCGACCUAUUGGAUAUCGGUCUAUAGAAAGCCAGAAUGUACGAGAGGAAAUAUUGAUGCAACUUAGGACAAAUGGUAACGUGAAUAAAGUUAUCCGAAUGGGGCCUAAUACUUUUACACAUUUGUGUGAGUUAUUACAAACAAAUGGGGGUUUACGACCCACCCAAAGAGCAACAAUAGAAGAGCAAGUUGCUAAGUUUCUUCACAUUUUAUCACUUCUAGCAACGAAUGGGACAGUUUCAUUCUUUUAUCGUCGCUCGGCUGAAACUAUUAGCCGCCAUUUUCAUAGAGUACUUAAAGCAGUUAUACUCUUAGAAGAACAAUUCCUACGACAACCUACAGGAGAAACAGUACCACCAGAAAUCCUUAACAGUGAAAGGUUCUAUCCAUAUUUCAAGGAUUGUGUGGAUGCAAUUGAUGGAACUCAUGUUCGUGUCAAAGUGUCUAAUACUGAGGCAGCAAGGUAUCGUGGCAGGAAAGAGCAUCCAACACAAAAUGUGUUGGCUGCAUGCUCUUUCGACUUAAAAUUCACAUAUGUUCUACCUGGAUGGGAAGGGACUGCAUCAGACUCGAGAAUCAUAAAAAAUGCACUUAACAGAGAAGACAAAUUAAUUAUUCCUAAUGGUAAAUUUUACCUUGAUGAUGGUGGAUUCAUGUUAAAAAGUGGACUGCUUACACCUUAUAGAGGAGUUGCGUACCAUUUAAAAGAGUACUCAAAUCGGGGACCCCGAGAUUAUCGAGAACUUUUCAAUCUUCGGCAUGCAUCAUUGCGUAAUGCAAUAGAGAGGGCAUUUGGAGUUUUGAAAAAACGCUUCCCAAUCAUAGGUGAUAACCAGCCAACAUAUGAUGUCAAUACGCAGUCAAAAAUUGUUCUUGCUUGUUGUAUUUUGCACAACUUUUUAAUGGAAAUAGAUCCGAAUUUGGAAUAUAUUGAUGAAGUAGAUGCAGGAUUGGCACACCAAUCUCCUAUCGAGGAUGAAAAUAUUGCAUCUACUAGUACUCAAGAAGAAGAUUCAUCACAAGGCGAAUUUUUGAGAAAUCAAAUAGAUAUGCAAAUGUGGAAUGAUUAUGUAGUUUAA